GUGCAACUUUGUUACAUUGUAAUGAAAACCAACCUAUAUCACUCAUUGAAAUGUGUCAUCAGAAAAAUUAUAAAAAGAUAGGAAAAUAUUUAAAAAAACAGCUCAAUAAACAGUUUGCUACUGCUAUAUUUGAUAAUGAUAAAGAAGGCGCAGCAGCUUUCGAAGGUCUCAGUGCCGAUUUCAACUGUAUAGAUAUACAAGAGCGAACCCCAUUGCAUUACGCAGUAGAAUACCAUACUAAAGAUCUUGUCUCAUGGCUUUGUGAACGUGGAAGUGAUCCAAUGAUACAUGAUGGUAAUGGUGAUUAUCCAAUUACUCUUGCAGCUGAAAAAGGUGAUUUUGCUAUUGUUGAAUUUCUUGCAACUAAGUAUCCGGCAACAAAACAGAAAAAGAACAGAGCAGGUGCAACAGCUCUUCAAAUAGCACAAAAACAAGGAUUCAAACGUAUUGCUCAAGUACUACAACUCAAUGAAGUUUCUGAAAAUUCUAAAUCGAUCGAUUUAAAAAUAACUACUAUACCCAAACAUAGCCGUCAGGUACUUGUUGGUGCCUGUGAAAACGGUCGAGCCAAAAUUAUUCAAGAAUUUUGCAUGGAAUGUUAUGAGUCUAGAGAGGAGAAAAGACAGUUAUGCUGCGAACUCAUCGAGAUAGCUAAGACAUGUAAUCAAGGAGAAAUAGUCGACAUUCUUCAAAUUCAUCAUGAUCAAAAUUUAAAAAGGGAUAUACCUUCUAAUAUACAAUUUGACAAAAUAGUAAUGCUUAAUGACGAAUACAAGGCAAUGUUACACGGACUUUUGGUUGGUUUGAAUACAGUUAUAACAGGAAUGUUUGCUGAUCUUGAUCCUGCCGACCCUAAUACGUAUGUAGAUCUCUUUUCAAACUUGAAUUUAAAUGUACAAAAACAAUCUCAAGAGCUUGUAAACGCAAAUACGAAUGAUGAAAUUCGCAAACUAAUCCAAAAAGAUUUGAAUUAUUCCAAUGAAAAAUUAACGAAAAUUGAGAAACAAUUAAAUGAAUUACAAAAAAAUAAUCAGAUGGUAAUAAAAAUUGUGGAAGAAAACGACGAACGUUUGAAUAAUAUGCCAGAUUUAUCUGCUAUCGAAAGAAAGAAAAUUUUUGAUGAACAAGAAAUACAAAGAAACAAACUCGCUAUGUAUGAAUGUUCAAUGGAUCUGUUUCUUCGGGAAAGAGAAAAUCUAGAAAAAAAGCAAAAAACCAUUAAAUUUAUUAAAGAUAACUCCAAUUUAUUUCUAUUUUAUCGAACAGUUGAAAAUCGAUUACAAGCAUUAUUCACUAGUGUUCUAGCAGCUCAAGGUGGCUACUUGCAAUCUACUACUAAGAAAUCAUUGAAAUUAACAGCGGCAAAAGUAGCCCCACAUGCUCUAAUCAAUGCGAUAGAUUUUGGAAGAAAAAAAAUCGACUUGUUAUCAGAUUUUUUGCCGGCCGCUAGCUUGUUGAAGCCUGCUACAUACGUAACUGAUCAAAUUGUAUCAAAGCUCAAUCAAAAGCGACAGAAAAAGGAAUUUUACAAUAUCUCGGUAUUGGGCAAUUUUGAAGAACUUCAGUGUGCUGCGUCAGACACAGCUGCCCUUCUUACACUCUAUUACAAGCAACAAAUUGAAUCUAUUGAUACGCAAACAAGAAUUACAGGCAGUAACAUCUUUAACGAUCAACUUUACUGGAUUAAAGAAGUUUUCUUAAAUGUCCGUCCUGAAAGCGAUACGGAAAAGGCUGUUGUGAUUGUCGCUGAAUACAUCACAGCAUGUCUACUUGAUGCGCUCAAAACUGGUGGACAUAAAGAUAUCAUAUCAACUGUUCCAUUAUCUGAACAACUUUGGCUAUGUGCAGCUAAAUAUAACCCGAAAGAACAACGAAUAGCUGAUACUGUCGGAUUUACGGCUGGUAAACUACUAAUACCAAUAACCAUAGCGACAUCCAAAACGAGGACUUAUGAAGUGCAGUUACGGCAUUUUAUUCGAUAUGUAUCAUUAAUUACCAACGAAGGUGCUAUUUAUCAAUAUCCAGUAUCACCAAAGGAUCUUCAAGACAAUAAAUAUCCAGAUUUAAACAUUUUUGGAUAUGUUUACUUAGCACCAUUUACUCCGGAUAAGAAGGUUGCCGACAUCAUUAUCGAAGAAAGACAUUUAGUACCUGCUAAACAUAAUGCCAGAGGUGAUAUUCUAACAAAAUUCAAAGAUAUUAUAGACUUGAAAAAUGUCAUCCAAGUGGAAAACAUCGGUACUCAAUCAGCUGCUAAGUCGCAAACAGCUUUUGAAGUAGCCCAAAUGCUUCGUGAUCAAAAGACCUUUGUGCAUUCGGAUCAUCUCCAAGCCGAGCUGGAAAAAUCACGAAUUGAGAUUGAGAAUGAAAUCGCGAUUCUUAAAGCUGAUAUUACAGAAAACAUUAAAAUAUAUCAAGCAUCGAUCGAUGCAGACAAUGAACGUAUCAGACUUGAACUUUCUCAAACGCAAAAGAUGUUAGUAGAACAAAAUGAGAGGCAGUUUAAUGUUGCGUUGAAUGAACUCAAUGGGCAGAUGGAAGAAGUACUGAGGCAAUUAGAAUCUUUUGGAAAACAUACCAUAGAAAAAAUGCAGAAACAGCUAGAAGCUUCUAAUAACCAUCAAAUUGAUCAAACUCAAAAACAGUUAGAAUCUUACAGUAAAAAACAAACACUAGACAUUCAAAAACAGUUGGUAUCCGAAAACAAACUUCAAGUACAAGAAAUUCAGAAACAAUUAGAAUCAUAUACUAAACUUCAAAUAGAGCAAACUCAAAAACAGUUAGAAAUCUACGCCAAAAACCAAAUACUUGAAACUCAAAAGCAAUUAGAAUCCCACAGCAAACUUCAUAUGAAAAAAUAUCAAAAACAACUAGCACAACAAAACAAACGUGAAAUGAAGGAAAUAACAAACCAUAUCGAAGCUGGAUUGCACAGUGCGAGAAUUACACGUGGAAGACGUGGAUCUGCAUUACUAACUACUAGUUUUUAA